AUGGCUUCUCCAGGUCCAGCUCCUGCAGCAUGCGCAGCUGGCUAUUCCAGUAACAGGCUCCUGCAGUACAUGGCAGCCAGAAGCACCCAGCAGCCUGCGGCGUUCCCCAAUACCCCACCUCGGGUAGUUUUGUGCCAGCAUGACUCCAGUGAGACACCGCUGUCUGAGCAACUUUCCCCAGCACCCCAGAGAAACCUUCAGUGUCCCAACUGUGGCGGUUCCAUAAAUCAGAGAGAGCAGUUGAAGCCUCGUCCAACUCUGAAAAACCGGCUCAAGGAGAACUUAUUGUCUGCUAUAAGAACUUCCGAACCAUAUGGAGGCCUGGUUCACCAAAUACGAAUUCUGCUUUUGGGUCCAAUUGGAGCUGGGAAGUCUAGCUUUUUCAACUCAGUGAACUCUGUUUUCCGAGGCCGUGUAACAAACCAGGCCUUGGUGGGGUCUAAGACAACUGGGGUAUCUGAAAACUACAGAACAUAUUUCAUUAAGGAUGGGAAGGAUGGCAACACCCGGCCAUUUAUUCUGUGUGACUCAAUGGGGCUGAGUGAGAAAGGAGAAGGGUUGUGCAUGGAUGACAUACCCUAUAUCUUAGAAGGCUGAAUUCCUGACAGAUACCAGCUAGAGGCAGUUCACAGAGAACUUGGAUGUUCUUCUGACAUCUUUGUGGUUAGUAAUUAUACGUCAGAGUGGGAGCUGGAGCCUGUCAUGGACGUUCUGAACCUCUCUGCAUUGAGACAGAUGCUGUGGGCUGCAGAUGACUUCUUAGAGGAUUUGCCUCUUGAGGAAACAAGUAGAUGUUUUUGA